AUGGCGCCGCUGUUAGUUCCUCUGAAAUGUGGAAUUCACUUUCAAAAGAGAAAAUUAGCCUUUAUUCUUCGACACACAAGUUCGUAUCAUGUUUGGAAUAAAAGUCGAAAUGAAAUUCGCGAGGAUCAGAAACAGCCCUAUACUUGUCUAUUGGGUCCCUCCAAAAGGACAGCAGCAUGGAGUUCAAACACACAUGGAAACAGCCGACAUAUCCUGGAGGCCGCCAAGCAUUUGGAGACCAUACACAAAAGAUCAUGUUGGCAUGGCAAUGCAGGAGGAAGGCUUAAUGCAGAUCCGAAGAAUGUGUUGAAGGAAGUAAAUUCAAAAACAAUUCUGUCUGCAAUGCUGUCUUACGUGUGGCCCAAAGACAGACCAGACCUGCGGGCUCGUGUUGCCAUCUCACUGUGUCUUCUGGCUGGAGCUAAGCUCACCAAUGUGACAGUGCCCUUCAUGUUUAAGUAUGCAGUGGAUGAGCUAAACCAGAUGUCUGGACACAUGCUGAACCUGAAUGACGCGCCAAGCACUGUGGCUACCAUGGCAACGGCUGUGCUGAUUGGCUAUGGUGCGUCACGGGCUUGUGCGGCCCUCUUCAAUGAGCUGAGGAACACUGUGUUCGGCAAAGUGGCCCAGAGCUCCAUCCGCAGAAUUGCUAAGAAUGUCUUCCUUCACUUGCACAGUCUGGACCUGGGUUUUCAUCUCAGCCGCCAAACAGGAGCACUGUCCAAAGCCAUUGACCGCGGCACAAGAGGCAUCUCCUUUGUCCUCAGCGCACUGGUUUUCAAUCUGGGACCUACAAUGUUUGAGAUGGGUCUUGUCAGUGCCAUUCUCUAUUACAAAUGUGGUGGACAGUUUGCUGCAGUAGCCUUGGGUACUUUAUCAGCGUACACUGCCUUCACUAUUCUGGUAACUCAGUGGAGGACCCAGUUCCGUAUUGAAAUGAAUAAAGCUGACAAUGAUGCCGGAAAUGCUGCAAUAGACUCUCUUCUUAACUAUGAAACUGUCAAGUAUUUCAAUAACGAGAAGUAUGAGGCUGAACGAUACGAUUCCUACCUAAAGCUCUACGAGUCAUCGUCUUUGAAAACCACGUCCACGUUGGCCAUGCUCAACUUUGGCCAAAGUGCCAUCUUCAGUGUGGGCCUCACGGCCAUUAUGUUGUUAGCCAGCAAAGGCAUCACCGCCGGCACAAUGACAGUGGGGGAUCUGGUGAUGGUGAAUGGCCUGCUCUUCCAGAUCUCUCUCCCGCUCAACUUCCUGGGAACCGUUUACAGAGAGACAAGACAAGCCCUAAUAGACAUGAACACACUGUUCACUCUGCUCAACGUCGACACCCAGAUCAAGGAGAAGGAUCUUGCCCCAGCCUUAGCCAUCACGCCACAGGAGGCCACCAUUCGCUUUGAGGAUGUCUACUUUGAAUACUUGGAGGGCCAAAAAGUGUUAAACGGAGUGACUUUCGACGUGCCCGCAGGGAAAAAGGUGGCUAUAGUUGGCGGCAGCGGGUCAGGGAAGAGCACUAUUGUUCGGCUGCUGUUCCGCUUCUAUGAGCCACAGCAGGGGAACAUCUACAUCGCGGGGCAGAAUAUCAGAGAAGUCAGCCUUGACAGCUUGAGGAGAGCUUUGGGGGUCGUACCUCAGGAUGCUGUGCUGUUCCACAACACAAUCUUCUACAACCUGCUGUAUGGGAACAUCAAUGCCACUCCGGAGGAUGUGUAUCAAGUGGCACGCCUCGCCGGCCUCCACGACGCCAUUUUGAGAAUGCCCCAUGGCUACGAAACGCAGGUCGGGGAGCGGGGCCUGAAGCUGUCAGGGGGAGAGAAGCAGCGUGUUGCCAUUGCUCGAGCCAUAUUAAAAAAUCCCCCUAUCCUUCUGUAUGAUGAGGCGACCUCCUCCCUUGACUCCAUCACAGAAGAAACCAUCCUGUCGUCCAUGAAGGAGAUGGUGAAGGACCGGACCUCAAUGUUCAUUGCCCACAGACUUUCCACCAUUGUAGAUGCAGAUGAAAUCAUUGUGCUCAACCAGGGUAAAGUGGCAGAGAGAGGUAGCCACCAGACCCUGCUCAGUACUCCCAACAGUUUGUAUGCAGACUUGUGGAACACACAAAACAACAAAAUCCUGAGCAGCAGCCAGAGCAGCCCAGAGGCACCAGUCAAGCGCUUGUCCCAAAAGGAAGAGGAGAGAAAGAAGCUCCAGGAGGAGGUCCUUAACAGUGUGAAGGGCUGUGGGAACUGCUCCUGCUGA